GUAUGCUUGCUUUGCCGAGGUACAUUUAAUCCUUAUUGCAACUUCAACCUUUAACCUGUUGGAUUUCCAGAUCCGGUCAUGGUGAUGUUCGAAUACAUACCGUACGGGGACUUGCUUGGAUUCCUGAGAAAAAGCCGAGGCCUCAGUGACAACUACUUUAAGGACCCGGAUGUAAAGCCGUCAAGUUCUCUCACAUCAGUACAACUUCUAAAGUUUGCGCGGGAAAUAGCUGAUGGCAUGGCAUUCCUGGCUGCUAACAAGAUAAUUCACCGAGAUUUAGCAGCAAGGAACGUGCUUGUAGGCGAAGAAGAAACAUGCAAAAUAACAGAUUUUGGAAUGGCGAGAGAUGUACAGCAAGAUGAUAUUUAUCGGAAACGUACCAAGGGUCGCCUGCCAGUCAAAUGGACAGCAGUGGAGUCGUUGCUGUAUGGUUACUGUACUACACAGAGUGACGUAUGGAGCUAUGGUAUCGUAUUGUACGAGAUUUUCACCAUAGGUGGUCGUCCAUAUCCUAAUAUUAAGGCUCAUCGUAUUCCCUACAUGAUAAAAGACAAUUACAGAAUGCCAAAGCCCGUCCACUUAGACGAAGAAAUCUAUGCCCUGAUGUGUGAAUGCUGGAACAACGAGCCUGACCGUCGACCUACUUUUGAGUCAAUUAGUAGGACAAUCAAAAGAUUAGAACGGUGCCACAAGGAGACUAUUUACAUGAACGUGUAUGACGACCAGCUGUACGGGAAUGUGGAAGACUGGGAUUAGGAUCAGCGACCAUGCAAGAUUACACUAACGCACACUGCACAAUUGCCAGGGAAAACUUAGGGUACGUUCCUUUGUGGUGAUCUAAAUCAGGAUCAGUGAGCCAGCAUCUCACGGAUCAUGGUACGUCAAAGGAACCCAGCAAUCCGUGAUCAGAGUGGAUUCAUCGGUUCCUUUGAUGCACCAUGAUCUGCGUGAUCUUGGAUCACUGAUCCUGUUUCAGAUCGCUCCAACGGAACACACCCUAAGAAAAGUUAUUUCGAAAAAACAAUUUCAAAGAGAAACAAAUGUUGAAUGAAACGUUCGAGUGAUUUCUCCAUAGGAUAUUAUCCUCUAUACAAAAAACAACAACAAAAAAUUCUUACCUGAGGGUAAAACAAAAAAAAAUAAAAG